AUGGAGAGGAAGCCGACGAAGAAGCACGCGAGGACCAGGAGCGGCGCGCUGGCGUCCUUCCUCAGGUCCACGGCCGCCUCCUUCUCCUCCUCCACGGCCACCACCUUCGGCUCCCGCCCCGCCGGCGGCGGCAAGGCGUCCUUCAACCACCGCAACGCCUUCUCCGGCCCCAUGGUCUCCAUCGUGCCGCCCGAGGCGCGCGGCGGCGGCGGCGGCAGGAGGCGGGGCGGUAGUAAGCAGGGGGGCGGCAGCGGGUACCGGACGCCCGAGGCCUCGUCGCCCAAGGUGUCGUGCAUCGGCCAGAUCAAGCGGAGCAAGUCCAAGACCAGCAAGGCCAGGAAGGCGGCAAAGAACGUCGCCCCCGCGGCCGCCUGCGGGAUGGACGGCGGCGCCUGCCCCAUGCCGCCGCGGCCGCCGGUCCACAGCAGGCCAAAGAGGUCGCUCGUCAGGCGGAUGUUCUCCCGACGGAGCAGGUCGCGGCCUUCGUCCUCCUCCUCGUCCCACAAGUCGAGCGGCGCUGCCGAUCUUUUCAAGGGGAGGCCGGGGAGCAGCGCCGCCGUGGCCGCUGCGCCGGUGUCGGGGCCGGGGAUGGCAGGGCUGGGGCAGAUGAAGCGGUUCACCAGCGGGCGCGGCGCGUUCCAGGACUUCGACUGGAGGGAGGCGGAGAGGAGGGGCUCCGACGUCGACGUCGACGACGAUUACGUGGACGACGGGUUCGUGGCGUUCUCGGCGCCGCUGGUGCUGGGCGGCGGGGUGGUGGCGUCGGAGCCCAGGAAGGAGGUGAACCUGUGGCGGCGCCGCCCCAUGUCCCCUCCCACUCCUCUGGAGCUCCCCUGA